UCUAGGUCACUCUAGCUUUAUUCUUUCUACGUGCCGAGUCCGUGACGGCUGUGUUUUGUUCGGUCACUUUGCUCAAGUGACGAGAAUGCCGGCUGGCCGUGUAUGUGCUGUGCUGUCCCUACUAUAGCUGUAGCCACUACUCGAGCAGCUGUGCCAAGUAUGAGCGAACUGACGCCCGACGAGUGAAUUUUGUGUUGUUCUCAGCUGCGCAGGCGACGCCUGGCACGGCUAGCUGUGAGUGGGCUGUGCUCGCAGGACGCCAUGGAGACGGAGGAGGAGGACGGCCACAACAAGAGUGUUGCGUCUGAUGGAGGCAUCGACAGCAUGGAGACAGACGAGCCAGCCCCGGACAGGCCACCUACUACAGCAGCCGCGGUGUCCAAAAGUAGUGAGGACCUGCAGGCCUGCCUAACGGAACUGCUGGGAGCAUCAUCGUUGGAACUGCUUUGUUCCAGGCAGCUGCCUGCUGCUGAGCUCGUGCAGCUGUGUCUGGCGGAGAACGUGCAAAGGGUCCGGCUGCAGGCUGCAAGGGCUGACGAAGGUCGCAGGCAAGUGCUCGAGUACCUGCUCUCCUGCUACGACCGUGCAGGCCUCCAGGAGAGGACCAACCCCCGGGCCCCCCCCGCAUUGCAGGAGGUACGGACACAAACAGUGCGGCUGGCCGUGCUGCUGUUGCAAGGCAUUCUGACUGGACCCAGUGGGUCGUGGAAAGGCAGCCCCCUGCUGGAUCCCCUGCUGGAGCAGCGGCUGCCCCGUGGAUUCCUCCGAGAGAUGCUGGACGUGGCUGCCGGUGACCGCACCUGCAUGUGUGAGGUGUUUGUGCCUCUGGUGCGAGGUGUGGUGGAGCGUAUGCGGAGCUGCUCCCUCCAAUCGGAGCUGUUCCGUGCCCCCCUGGCUGCUCUGGUGGAGCUCACGCAGCUGCGCCGUAACGGAUGGCCCAUCUGCCAGUUGAUGGUGGACGACCCCCUGUGGCUGCCAACGCCCAUCACGGCCAGUGGAGGCCGCGAGCUGAGCAGGCUCUCGCUGCUUGGGCCCUUCUUGGCCCUGUCACCUUUUGCAGAGGAUGAGCCUAGCCUGGUGCGUGCUUACUAUGAGGACCGGGACCCAGAGCACAUUCAGCUGGCCCACCAGACGCUGCAGGCCAAACUGGAGGCAGCCAGGGCGCAGCUUCAUGUGGCGAUGCGCACCCUGUUGCUGUCGAGCCGCGAGGCGGUGCUCACCUGGUUGGGGGCGGUGCUCAAGGCCAACGAGCGGCGCUGCCAGCUCCAGGUGGAGCCCCGACAGGUGGCCUCGGAUGGAUUCAUGCUCAACCUGGCCGCUGUGCUCCAGCUGCUCGCACUCCGGGUACAGCCGGACAAGGUGGACCCUGAAUACCCACUCUGUCAGGGGGCACGGGUUGACAUCACGGCCGACACCCGCCUUUGCUUGACGGCCCAGGAGGCGGAGCAGUUCACUGAGGAGAUUCGGUUUCGGCGACCCAAGAGAGAGGCGGCCAACUUUUCGACGGAGUGUCUGUUCCUGGCACUGCAAGCGGCCCACUUGGGCGUGGUGCCCGCGAUGGCCCGCUAUGGACGCCGGCUGCGGGUCCUGCGGGAGCUGCAGCGGCUCGCCCAAGAGAUGGCCGCCGCCCAGCCCCUGUGGGAGGCAAGCCCCGCUGCCGGGCGCAACCGUCGCCUGCUGGCCAAGUGGCGGGGCCAGGCCCGGCGAGUGGCCCAGAGCAAGCUGUGCGCCGAUGCGGGGCUCCUGGACCCCCUGCUGCUGAGCCGGUGCCUGGGCCUGUACAACCUGGCCGCCGCCGUAUUCCUGGCCGUGCUCCAAUCGGCCCCAAUGGAUGCACCUGCAUUGCCCAAGCUGUUGGCGGCCUACCCCGAGUGGUACAUCGAGGACAUCGCCGACUUCCUGCUCUUCGUCAUCCAGUAUCAGCCGCAGGCAGUGGAAGCGACUGAGGCACCCCUGGUGCAGCUUCUGGCACAGCUGCUCUGCGCAGCUGACCGGUUGGGCAAGCCCUACCUGAGCGCCAAACUGGUCGAGGUGCUGUUCUGUGCCACGGUGGCAGCAGGCGGCUGUGGCCAGCUCGCUGGGCGGCUGCUCGAUCUGCCCUGCGCCCAGCAGCAGCUGGGACCCGCCCUCAUGCGCUUCUACACGGAUGUCGAGUCCACGGGCGCCGCUUCCGAGUUCUAUGACAAGUUCACCAUUCGCUACCACAUCAGUGUGCUGCUCAAGGCCCUGUGGGAACGGCCACAACACCGGGAGGCAAUUCUGGCCGAGGCAUCACGGGCAGGCCGCCAGUUUGUGCGCUUUGUCAACAUGCUGAUGAACGACACGACCUUCCUGUUGGACGAGUCCCUGGAGAGCCUCAAGCGGCUGCACCAAGCGGCUGCAAUGGACUGGGAUGCCCUUCCACCUGGUGAACAGCAGGGGCGCCGCCGGCAGCUGGCCCUGGAUGAGCGCCAGUGCCGCUCGUACCUGACCCUGGCCAGGGAGACCGUGGACACGCUGCACUACCUGACUGCGCACGUGCCCGACCCCUUCCUGCGACCCGAGCUGGUAGACCGGCUGGCAGCCAUGCUCAACUCAAACCUUGGCCAACUGUGUGGGCCACGCUGUAAGGACCUCAAGGUGGCGCAGCCUGAGAAGUACGGCUGGGAGCCCAGGCGGCUGCUGGACCAGUUGACCGACGUUUACCUGCACUUGGACUUCCCACCCUUCCUGGCAGCUGUAGCGCGCGACGAGCGCUCAUAUCAACCGCAGCUGUUCGCAGAUGCAGCAGCGCGGAUGCGACGAGCCUGUGUCAAGCCGCAGCCGCGGCUCGAGCAGUUUGAGCAGCUGGUGGCACGCAUUGCAGCCGCUGCCGAGCAGGCACGGCGCCAGGCCGACUAUGCCGACGCGCCCGAUGAAUUCCGCGACCCGCUCAUGGACACGCUCAUGGAGGAGCCUGUGGUGCUGCCCAGUGGCCACGUCGUCGACAAGGCCACCAUCGUGCGCCACCUACUCAACUCCAGCACAGACCCGUUCAACAGGCAGCCCCUCACAGAGGACAUGCUACGACCGGAUGAGGAACUCCGGCAGCGUAUCACUGAGUGGAAGCAGUCCCGGUCAGGCCAGUGAAUCAGUGCCUGAGCAUCGGCUGCCACUGCAACUCUGCCAAACAUGUCUGAUAAAUAAUAUUUAUUGCACAUGU